UCAAAAAUCAGCGGGCAGCAGGGCGGCUUCUGCACCGGCCAGCAACGGGGUGAGGCGCACCACCAACAAGGGGAGGACGGAAGAGCGGAGACCAGGAGCGAGCUGUUAGGAUGACGGACAGCCCCCCACCCCCAUCCCUCCCUGUUCCGGAAGUAGCGGCUGCGUUGGUUCAAUCUCCAAGCCAACCAUUUCGAGGAGGAAAAUCAGCGCCAGCAGUCUGAUCAGAACCAACUGAUCCAAUACUCAGCGUAUCCACGCGACCCCGUACUUUAAGUCCCUCAGCGCGCUGAGACGCUGAUGGGCAUCGAGUUGAGAUCAGAGAUGGAGCUCUCUGGUGUAAGCUGCUGAAGAUGCUCGGGCUCUUGUGGAUGAGGAGCUCGAAGUGGAUCGUCGAAGCGAGCGGCACCGAUUGUCCUCGGAUUCUGGUCGGGUUCCACAGAAAGGAGAUGGAAUAGAUGCGAAAAGGCAGGAGAGAAGGGAAAUAACAGGAGGGGAACGGCGAUCUGCUCGGAAUGCUCAGAGAGGGACAAUAAAAACAAGACAAUAAGCCUGAUUAUUUCUCUCAUCACGACCUCUGGUCUUCGGUUUUCCUUUUUGCCUCGUUUUGGAUUAUGAUUCUGGAUCAGAGUCCCAGAUGUGACUGUGUGGAUGGCAUGUCGCGGUUUCCUUCCUCUGUUCGCUCUGUGGCUGUUUUCUGCUUUGGGUAGCAAAACAUGUAGGCUUUUUUACACAACCGUCUGAAAAAAGAUCUACGCAGAAACUGGACCAUGAGCCACGAACCGUGCAGGUUGUGAUGUUUACUGGUCGGUGGGAGACGCUUCUGGACGGCCUGCGCUGACUUGUUUGAGUGAUGAAUAUUGAAAGAGUGUUUCGGCCAGCUGAAAGGGGAAAUCUUCCAUCCGCAUUGGCUUAGACACACGCACGCACGCACGCACGCACACACACACACACACACACACACACACACACACACACACACACACACACAUGCCAUCAGAAGGGCGAGAGCUUUUAUCUCUGUGACAAUAAAGUAACCCCAAUUUAACAUGGUCUAAUAAUAAUAAUAAUAAUAAUAAUAAUAAUAAUAAUAAUAAUAAUAAUAAUAAUAAUAAUAAAUCUGGAGGACUGUUUUUGAGCCAAACAUGUUCAAGUAUCGGAUCCGCAUGUUUUUUAACGAACUGAAGGUUCUGGUGUUUAUGCGAUCCGAUUCACGACAGUCCGGUUCAGACACAGAUCGACGGUCCUCCGCCAUGCGAGGUCUGGGGAUGGGCGGCUGCGGCUGGCCGCCGUUCGCCGACUGCCAUUCCAGGGACGAUGAGGAGGAGUACUACGGAAGCGACCCGCGGUCCCGGAGCCUGGCCUUCGAGGACAAGGAGCCCAAGCUGCAAGUGGGCCUGGACGCGGUGUCCCUGACCAGCACUGCCAGCAGCCUGCGGACCCCCCAGUGCCGGAUCUGUUUCCAAGGCCCCGAGCAGGGGGAGUUGCUGAGCCCCUGUCGCUGUGAUGGCUCUGUGCGCUGCACACAUCAGCCCUGCCUUAUCCGCUGGAUUAGUGAGAGAGGCUCCUGGAGCUGUGAGCUCUGCUACUUCAAGUAUCAGGUCCUAGCAAUCAGCACCAAGAACCCACUGCAGUGGCAGGCCAUCUCUCUGACGGUAAUAGAGAAGGUGCAGAUAGCAGCCAUCAUUCUGGGCUCCCUCUUCCUCAUCGCCAGCAUUUCCUGGCUCAUCUGGUCCUCGCUCAGCCCUUCCGCUAAGUGGCAGCGACAGGACCUGCUCUUCCAAAUCUGCUACGGCAUGUAUGGCUUCAUGGACAUUGUGUGCAUAGGCCUUAUCAUCCAUGAGGGAUCAUCAGUGUAUCGAAUCUUUAAACGAUGGCAGGCCGUCAAUCAGCAGUGGAAGGUACUGAACUAUGAGAAAUCUAAAGACUUGGGAGACCCAGUGAGCUCAAACCGUAAGAACAGCUCACGCAGUUCUCGCAGCAACCCUCACGGUCUGACCAGCAGCAGCAGUGGGCGACAGAACAGGAGGCUAAGAACUAUUCUGAACCACCACUGUGGCUACACCAUCUUGCACAUCCUGAGUCAACUGAGGCCCAACGACCCACGGAUCAGCAGCGCCGCCAAUCGAGAGGUGGUAAUGAGGGUCACCACUGUAUGAGAUGGACUAGGUGACUGUGCUCGAAGUUGUCUCAGAUGUAAAGCAGACUGAUGGACCCAAAAGUGAAAACCUGAGACUGGAUUUGACAGCAGGAGUCCUGUUGGAGCUGAGUGGAGCUCCAGAUCAUCUCAAUAAUGAACUCCUUUUCUUACAACAAAAAGAAAACAGACGCUCCUUUUCAAUAAGUAAAUAACUGAUGAAAAUAGGGACAAACAAGUAUUAAAAGACAUUAAACCUGAACUGUAAGUUGGGGUGGGGGGUAUAAACAGGCUUUGUAACCUGAAACAAAGUGACAUGAUGUUUUUUCCAGUUCAAUAUCAGAAUGCAUAAGCAGUUUGUCUUUGUUUAGAAUCCUCCUGGUUUGAUUGCAAUCACAUUUUCCUGGUUUUAUUUUCUUGUUCAGUUUAAUUUCUUACUCGCUUUGAUUUAAUAAGGAUGAUUAUAGAGGAUUCCUCAUACGGUGACUUCAUACAUGCCAAACUGUGUGUGAUGAUUUGAAAAAUCUCUACAAAGUAAACAGACCAAAAACGGAGACUAAACAGAUGUGUGAAAUACGGAGUUUUAAAAAUAACAAUAAAUCAUAUGUUUGAAAAAAAGGAAGAAACAAUAUUUUAAAGUUACAUUUAGUUACAUUUUACCUCUCUGCAAUAAAGAUACAUAUGUACAUUUCACAAGGAAUUUUGCAUGGGUAUAUAAUUUUAUUCUUCAUCACAUAACAAAAGUACAUGACAGAUUUGCUCAGUUUCAAAUGGUGCUUGCCAAAAUAAACACUUUAAAGAGAUCUUUUCAUUGUACCAACUUUUUGUCAACAUGACAAAUGACUGUGUGUUACAGCUAUUUCAGCUAAAAUACAGAUUGUUGCUGCUGUGUGCUGAUACCGAUUUGAUAAAUUAAACAUUGGAUUAAAAACUGGGAUCAGAUGAUCUCCAA